GAGGAUUACUUUCGGUCUGAUGGCAGCGUGCUGGUUUGCACUAAAUGUGAUGCUUCAUCAGCAGGCCAAAGCAAGCAACUGAUGCUUAUGGUCGGAAAAAGCUGCGCUAUUUUCGGCCUGGCCACUUUUAGCGCAUUUAGCGCUAAACGGGAAGUCAAGUUCAGCGGUGUCCUACUGAACCAGCUCAUGUCGUUUGGCACUGUGGCUGCCACCAUUUUGACAGCUGCAAUGCAAACUACAUGGGCAACCAGCACCAUCGACACGAUUGUCACCAGCUUUGCAGAGAAUGUGGCAGACAUUAGUUCGGGCUCUAGCAGUGGGGUAAGCCACUCUUCACUGUGCACUGUUGCAAACCUAGGUUUGGCUCCUGACCUUUGGAAGGCACAGCUACUAAAUACAGUAUUUCCGGUUCUGUUGAUGACAGCACUAGCCGUCUGCCAGAAUGGCAAACUUUCUCUGCUGAUCGGCAUUAAUUGCUUCUUCCCAGACUUCCUUGCUUCUUUUGGCAAGUAUCUUGUCUGCUACCGGUUGGAGGAGGAGGGCAUGCGCAGCAUCUACGGCCUCACUUGUCCCUUUAUGCCUGCAGGUGCCUUUGGAGGCGUUGCAGCUUUUUGUGUGGUGGGUCUGACUGGCACCCUUAUUUUCCUGGUUGUGCGUCUCUGGUUGUGGCUCUCACAGCACAAACCAGCAACCGCAGGCGAGCUGCCACCAAGGCACGUAAUUUUCGUCACACGUGCAUACAAAGACAAAUAUAAGCUCUGGGAGACGGAGCGCUUGCUUCGGAAAACACUGUUGAAAUUGAUUUCUCAGAUGCUUCCAGUGACAUAUGCACCAGCGUUGCAGAUGGCGAGUGUGAGCUGUGUGCUGCUGGCCUCGCUGGUGCUCUAUGCCUGGCUCAUGCCAUAUAUUGACCGGACGUGGAAUCUCGUGGAAGUUGGACUUCUCGUGGCUGCGAGCCUCAUGACGUCUUUGACAAGCUGCCUCCUAUCGAAUGAGGCUCACUGGGGCCGCAGUGCUUGGAUGCAGUGGGGGCUUCUGAUGACUAUCGCUAUGCUAGCGGGCGGCAUUUGCUUCGGCGUAGGCUUCAAAUUUGUUUCCGAGUUGAUGCGCGAGCGCCAGGAGCGACCCCAGGCUGAGAAGCCUGUAGAGCUUCCAAAUGUUGACAGCGCAGGGGAGGCCAGCCAGCAACAGCAAGACCGCAAUGAGGAGAUGCCGGCAGUGCCGGCCCAGACAGAUAUUCCAUGA